UAAAUUCUUUUAGAUAGCAAUUUCCUGCAAAAGAAAUGGGUAGCCUUCAAAUUCUCUCUGUUUUACUCUUUUCACUCUUUUUGGCAAAAUGCAACUCCCAAGAAGACUUUUUCCACUGUCUUACCAAACACUCUAAUAAAAAUAACAUUACCAAAAAUAUUUACACUCCAAAUUCUCCAACUUAUUCAUCCAUCCUAGAAUAUGCUCAAAAAAACCCCAGAUGGUUGAAUUCUUCACAUCCCCAAUUCAUUGUCUCCCCUAGAAAAGAAUCAGAAAUCAAGCCUGUUAUUCGUUGUGCUAAAAAACUAGACUUGCAAAUCAAAAUAAAAAGCGGUGGCCACGACUAUGAAGGCAUAUCUUAUCGCUCUGAAUCCCCGUUUGUUAUGCUUGAUUUAAGCAAUCUUAAUAAAAUCAAGAUUAAUUUAAAUGAAGAAACUGUUUGGGUUCAAGCAGGCGCGACCAUCGGCCAGUUGUACCAUGCAAUUGCCAAUAAAAGUAAAGUGCAUGGAUUUCCAGGCGGAGUCUGCUUCAGUGUUGGCACUGGUGGACUAAUCAGUGGUGGUGGGCUCGGUCCAUUGAUAAGGAAAUAUGGCCUAGCAGCUGAUAAUGUUGUAGAUGCCCGCGUAAUGAAUGUAAAGGGAAAAAUUCUUGAUAGAAAGAAAAUGAAAAAAGAUUUGUUUUGGGCGAUACGAGGAGGUGGAGGAGCAAGUUUCGGUGUUAUUCUAGCAUGGAAACUAAAAUUGGUUCGUGUUCCUGAAAAGGUUACUGUUUUCACAAUUCGUAGAAAGUUAAAGGGUAACCGAGAUCUCCUCCAAAAAUGGCAAAACAUAUCACAUCAACUCCCUGAAGAUUUGUUCAUCAGGGCGAUUAUAAAUGGAGCAGGAAAUGAUACUGAAAAGCAUGUAGAAUUCUAUUUUCAAGCACAAUAUGUUGGGCCCGUUGACGAAUUAAUUCCUCUCCUCAAACAAUACUUCCCUGAGUUUAACUUGGAGCGAAAAGAUUGCUUCGAAGACACUGCUGCUAAUGCAGAGAAAGAAUGCUACGAAGUCCCCUGGAUCGGAUCAGUCUUAUAUUUCUUUUCCAGGAAACCAAAUGCAUCACAUGAAGUUUUAAUAGAAAAAACUAUUCCAAUACAUAAAAAUUAUCUCAAAGGGACAUCUGAUUUUGUGAAGACUCCAAUUCCAGAAAGUGGUUGGGAAAUGAUAGAAAGACUCUUUCUAGAAGAAGAAAGACCCCAGAUGAUUUUGGAGCCAUUUGGUGGGAAAAUGGAUGAAAUCUCAGAAUCUGAAAUUCCUUUCCCUCAUAGAAAGGGGAAUUUGUAUAAUAUUCAGUACUUGGUGAGAUGGGGUGAUAAUAGUGAGAGCAUAUCGAGCAAGAAGAUAGCAUCGAUUAGGAAACUUUACAAGGAAAUGGAGCCAUAUGUUGCAAAAAAUCCAAGAACUGCUUAUCUGAAUUACAGGGACCUCGAUUUUGGGACUAAUAAAAAAGACUACAGUUACUCCAAGGCCAAAAUAUGGGGUGAAAAGUAUUUUAUUGGAAACUUUGAGAGGUUGGCCAAAGUGAAGAGUAAGGUGGAUCCCAACAAUUUCUUCAGAAAUGAACAAAGUAUUCCACCUUAUCAAUUGUGAUACUGAUAUAGCUGAAGAAUACUGGAGUUCAUGCAAGGUUUUAUGUGCAUAUUAAUCACUAAAUAAUAAUAAGAUCCAAGCAGGAUGUUUGAAGUUUUAAAAAAUAAAGACUCCUUUUACUAGAAUUAAGAAAAUCACGGUGACAAUUUUGGUAUAUGUGCUACAAAAGUAUCGUUUUGUCGACUUUAGUACA